ACCCACGCCAAGAAAAGCCAGGAACCACACCAUGCACAAAACCCACGACGAACACACCCCACCGCCUCCGCCAACUCAAGCUCUCCGAUCGAUCGAUCUUCCAACCAUAUAUAUAACCCAGCCGCCGCCCGCUUCCUCGAUCGAUCCCAGCGCUCGGAGCAAAAAAAAGAACGGAAUUGCUUAGAUCAAGAGCGAGCUGAACAGAGCCGCGUUUGCUUGCUUGCUUUGGAAGGAAAUCAUAUCGAUCGAUCAGGAGAUGUCGUCGCGGUACGUGGAGAUGCUGGACAUGGGGGUGCGCAUCGCGGCGAGGUUCCACUCCCACUGCCCGCACACGGCGCGCAUGUACUACAAGCCGCCGCAGACCACGGCGGAUCACGGCGGCGCUGCAGCAGGCAAGCAGGUGGUGGCGGCCGGCUUCAGGUUCGAGGCGGUGUCGUCGUCGUCCGCCGGCGCCAUGGCGGCGGCGGCGGCAUGGGAGGACCGCGGCUUCCGCGCCACCGCGCCGUCGGGGUUCGACUUCGAGUUUGACACCGCGCAGGCCGUCGUCGUCUACGACGACGUCGCCGCCGUGUGAGGAGGAGUUUCGAUCGAUCGUAUGUAUAGUAGCUUCUGCUCGGAGAGGAUUUGAUUUUGUCCGGGAACAAUUUUGACACAGAGGGGAUUGAAUUUGAUUCUGUGAAGUGUAUAUAUGUACACUCCAUUCUUUUAUUCAUUUUUGAGAUUUGAUAGCUGAAAUCAAUGAAUGAAACAUGGGCUGAGAUGCUUCUCCGAUUUUUAUGUAUAUAACUAC